UAAAUACUCUCUCUCUCCUCACGUUCGACAAUUUUUCCUACGUUUUCUACAGCAAAAGGCCGCUGUCUUUCUCUCUCUCUCUACUCUUUGUUAAAGCUGAGCUGUAUAGGGCAGACGCGAGAUCCGUCCUCUCCUCCUUCCCUAAUUUAUGAAAUUGCGCUUCACCGAUCAGUGAACGGAUUGGGGGAAAAGUGUUGAGGUUUAUUCUAUUCGUAUUGAAAUGGCUAACCGGAAGGAGGACGAGAAGAAUGAGAAAAUUAUAAGGAAUCUUCUAAAGCUUCCCGAUAAUCGCCGGUGUAUUAACUGCAACAGCUUGGGACCCCAAUAUGCAUGUACCAGCUUCUGGACAUUUGUGUGUACAACCUGCAGUGGGAUACAUCGGGAGUUCACGCACAGAGUGAAGUCAGUAUCUAUGGCUAAAUUUACUCCACAAGAAGUUAGUGCACUUCAAGGGGGAGGAAAUGCGAGUGGUAGAGAAAUUUAUUUGAAGGAAUGGGAUACUCAGCGUAAUUCUCUCCCCGAUGGCAGCAAUAUAGACAGACUACGUGAUUUCAUCAAGCAUGUCUAUGUAGACAGAAGAUUUACCGGUGAGAAGAAUGUGGAAAAACCUCCAAGGGCAAAGAUGGGAGAAACUGAUGAUUUCAGUGGAAAUAGGAGGGUCGACAACUAUCAGGGUAGUCGGAGUCCUCCUUAUGAUGAUUCCUUUGAGCGUCGCUAUAGUGAUAGAUCUAGUUCGGGUGGAAGAAGUCCAGCAUAUGAUCAAGACAGUAAGCGAAGUGGUGAUUUUAGAAAAAGUCCUGCCCGAGAAGUAGUUAAUGAUUGGAGACGAGAGGAUAGAUUUGGGAAUGGCAGGAGGUCUUCUGAUGAAGGCUCUAAGCUUGAAAUUAGGUCCCCUGAUCAUCCAAAGGAUUCCGAUAUAUCCAGUCCUCCUGUGGUUCGUCCUGUUAGAGAUAUAUUAGGAGAUAACGUAUCUCCACUUCGAGUUAUUGAACCUCCGAAAGCCACUGGUGGAAAGUCAAAUGAUGGUCGACCUCCUACACAGAGAACUGCGUCCUCCAGUAGCUUGGCAUCAUCAGAUGCGAAUCCAUCUGAGAUAAAAGUGGAGACUUCAUUUAUUGAUUUUGAUGCCGUUCCUGAACCACCUCCCACAGUUGCUGUCCAACAACCUAGCAGUAAUGACUGGGCGAAUUUUGAUUCUCUGCCCGAUGUCAAAACAACAACUCCAGCUUCAAACUCUCUGGAAUCACUACUUUCUGGGUUGUCAGUUCCUGCGUCCUCAUCUGGUCCCUUUGCCCCUCCAGGAACAUCAUCUUCUUUCAGUUCCACUGGUAUACAAGGCUCAUCGUUUGGACCAUCCUUCGGAGAUACUACUCCACCAUCUGUUAUUCCCACUGGUGGUGCUUCUGUAUCACCCUUUGGCUCUGCACCUAUAAAUGCUCCCACUGGAGGACAGUGGCCUACGAUGAAUCCUCAACAACCACCUCUGUUCCCUGGUGGUAUUCAACAGCCUCUUUCUGGUGGUUCUUCACUCAACAAGCCAUGGAAUCCACCUACGCAAAAUGCCUAUGGACCUCCUGGUGCUUCUAUUGCACAACUUGGUCAAGCUGAAAUGGCUUCUUCUCCUGCGCCUGCUACCGGAGAAUCUACAUCUGAUCCAAAACAUAGUGGAAGAAAUGCACUCCCGGAGGACCUAUUUUCGAUGAAUUACUCUUAUAAUCCACCUCCAGUACCAGGGUGGUAUCCUGGUGCCUCCUAUGUUGCCAGGGUCCCAAUGCAUUACAAUACGCCCAUGGCUGUAGCAAAUUACCCGUCAAUGCCAACAUCAACCAAUCCUUUUGAUGUUAACGAGCCUUCUCCAGUACAAGCAUCAACAUUUCCUUCUAUGGCAUCCUUACAAGGUGCUUUACCAAAUACCGCUGCCCCGUCUGGUCUAUUGCAUACUCCGAAUUAUGGAGCUUCUCCGUAUCGUCCCUCUAUGCUUGCUCAAGCGCCAUCAUUUGCACCGACAAAUCCUACAAGUGCAUUCAUGGGACAUGAAAUAGCCGGUGGCAGCAUGGCACCAAGGCCACAAGGAUUUCCUGGUUUUGGGCUCGAGGACUCUGCUUUUGCUUCUCUUAAUCCAAAUCCUCAGGCAGGUGGACUACACCCAGCAGCUCAUCCAGCUUCUAGUAACUUCAGUACCCACAGUGGAAACCCAUUUGGCUGAGAUUGAGGUAACAUAGAUUUCUAUAUUAUGAAAACAGAAGAGAGAGAAAAAAGAAGAAAAAAACCGGUUUUGUAAGAGCACCAUGUUGUUGCAUCAUUUCAACAUAUUGUAGACGAAAUAGUGAAAGUGAAGUGUGCUGCAUUUAGACUUGGACAUUUUUUGUUGGGGUGGAACUCAACAAGAAUCUAUGCUAUUGGGAGUCAGGGGAAUGGGAUCGUGUACAUUCCGACAUAGGUAAUGUGUGAAGCCGCGACUAUGGCAUAUAGUGAGUGAUGCCACCUUCUCUCCGGAUGUGUAUUAUAAUUUAAGUUUUCUAGUCUUGUUAUUUUGUUGAAAUUUAUGUAGUGAAAGAAAACGUAUCGCCAGUUUGUAGGUUACAUUCUAAUAUUAUUUGCCUGAAUCAUUGAUAUUCAUAUUCUUUGGUAAAAUAAAACUGCAUAUGGUGGUUUUGUUA